UUGCCUAUUUUUUAAUUAAUUAAUUAAAUUACCUAUGUGUACGUUUAUAUAAAUGGAAUUCGUCUUUUAUGGAUUCACAUUCGUAAAUUCCUUCUCUCCUGAAGCACAAGCAAGUAGAAUAAGAUUAUAAUGUCACCAACACGAGCAGCUGGUUUAGUUAUAUAUAAGCAUUCAAAUCAAUUGAUACAGUUUCUCCUUUUGCAAACAUCAUAUGGUGAGCAUCAUUGGACACCCCCAAAAGGUCAUGUAGACCCAGGAGAAUCAGAUUGGGAAACUGCUUUAAGAGAAACACAGGAAGAGGCUGGUUUUACUCAAAAUGAUCUAGAGAUUGACAAAAAUACAAAGAAGAUGCUCACAUAUGAAGUAAAUGGAAAACCUAAAGAAGUAAUAUACUGGUUAGCAAAGCUGAUAAAUCCCGAGACACCUGUAAAACUCUCUGACGAGCAUCAAGAUUUUAAGUGGUUGCCAUUACAGCAAGCGCAAGAAUUGUCUGGAUUUGAUGACAUGAAAGUUAUGCUCGCAGAAUUUUUUAAUGUUGCUUCAAAAGAUAUUUAAAAUUGUUUGAAUAAAUGUUAUAUUGUUUA